CUUACACUCACACACAGAACACACACAAUGCUCUAUUAGAUCCUAGGAAACCCUGAUUUUACAUCAGCUGCCUGGUAAGUUUUUUUGUAUAUCUCAUUUAUCUCCUUUAUUUAAUGUUUUCUAUUUAAAUAUAUAUAUAUAUAUAUAUAAAAAGCAACAAUAAAAUAUUUAUUUUGCUUUUAGAAAAAAAAAAGUGAAAUUUUUAGGGUCUUAUUGGAUAAUGCAGAAUAGUUACUUUAAGAUAAUUUUAUAGUAUAUUAUAAGAUAAACUGUUCAAACUGCGCAAAAUCUUUGCAUAAAAUAGAUAUGUUAUACUUAAAUCACAAGGUUAAUAUGAUUAUAUUUAAACUUUCUCCAUACUUUUAGUUCUAGUAAAUUACUUUUCAAAUUGGUGAAUUAACAGAUUAUUAUACUUGUAAUAACCAUUAUUUAUUAUAUUAAUCAGGUCCUCUGAUAUAAUUUUAACACUUUGUUUUCUCAUAGUGCUGUAGAGCAAAUGCAAACACAAUGCAUAUUUUAAUUCAUCCUUUGCAGACAGGCACUGGGUGGACAUGAUAGUGAUUUUCUUGUGAUUUAUUUAAAAUGUACACAAUAUGUGGAAAAUAUCAGAGUAGAUUAAAAUAUUAUGUUUUUUUGUUUUUUCUCUGAACACAGAAUUAAAAAGCGAGUUUCAAAAUUUGGUCAAAAAUUGAUCAUUUGGAUAUGUUCUCAAACUCAGCUAUAGCCCCAGCUUGUUUUAGCCUAAAUUUUGCAACCUGUUUUCAAGUCACUACAUUUAAAAAUAAUUCUGUUUAGUGAAUAAGCCCCAUUGUUUCGAGGGAAAUCCAUUGAUCAUUCUUAAUCUUGGCAGAAAAAAACCCGAUGAUUUUAUGUAAUAAAAUGCAAGCACUUUUAAAUAGCUUAGGUCAAAUUUAAAAUGUAGAAAUCGAUCAAUAGACUGCCAACUAAAUAUUAAAUGUGCUGCAAUUUUUUAUUUUUUUUUUAAAUAAUACUUUGCGUUCUUAUCCACAUUCACAAAAAUAUCUAGACACAGUUUUGUGCUCUGUAGCCUAUUUUAGAAUGACAUGAACUGCGCUUCUGUGUAGGGUGAAGGCAGUACAAACCAAUUUAUAGCUGUGCAGGUGAUUUUUCCCAAAUCACCUGUUUUACAUUGAAUAUUGGAAACUGGAUUGAAAAUCAAUGUUGAGUUAACAAACCCCAUUCAGUAACUGGAAUAAACCGUUUCUCUGCUAUGAUAAUCCAGAGGAGCAGGAAUAGGGACAGAUACUUUGUUAUUCACUAAAGUGAGAACUGUUGUGAAUUCAAUGUUAAUUUCACUCUUAAGGCCGAAGUAGCCGAUCUGGAAGUAGAGAAGACAAGGUCAAUUUUUUCCAGUUCAAUUAUUCUGGCCUUUAAUUUGAAAUCCACUUUGAAAUCACUUUGAAUAUCUAUCAAUACUCACAUAAUGAGUACUCGCAGACUAGAUGGGCCGAAUGGUUCUUAUCUGCCGUCACAUUCUAUGUUUCUGUGUUUCUAUGUUUCUAAUGAAUAACCCUGUUAUGUGAGCACUCUAAGCAUAUAUAUAAGGCAGUUGGCACAAAGAUAUAAAAAAAUGACAAUAUAAAAAAAAAAAAAACUUUUAAUAGCACUAAAUUGGCUCAAAUACACAUGAACGGACUACAUCCAAAUUGUACAGUUUGUUUUACUGCCCCGAGAACAUUUUGUCCAGCAACAGCUGUGUAAAAUGACUACAGAAUUGAUAUUUACGAUUCUACCCUUUGGCAAAAUUGAUUAAAAUGACAGCUUCUAAAAACACACAUUUCUUUAGCAGUUUUCAACUAUGUGAAAACGACUGACUUAUCUUGUUUGACCAGAUUUUCACUGUCUGUUCAUGUCGCGAAUAAUUCUGUCUGCGAUGCCUAGCACGAUAAGUUAACGUUAGUAUGUCACAGCUAAAACAAAAAUGCAUUAUAAAACUUGCUUUGGUUGGAUUGUUACCAAAAAGUGGCUUAUGGAAAUUAGUGCAGCUCAAAUUAAAAUAUAGGCAGAUUUAUUUGUAGAAAUAAUUCACAAUAAAGCCAAGAAUGGAACAAAAUCCAAAGAAAGACAGGGUGGACAGGGACGUCAAUGGAUUGCAAUAAUGACCUACUAAGCAUAUAUUUUACUUGUAAAAAAAUAGAAAGACAUUUUAAGAAAAUAUUGUGCCCAGUUAUAAUGGGAAAAGUGUACAUUGAAAUAUAUUGUCAUUUGUUUUCAAAGUGUUAUUACUCAAGUGGGAAUUGUUGAGAAUUGAAUUCAAACUAAAUUCAAAGUGGAUUUCACAUUUGAGGAAACAAUCGCUGAAUUGGAAACAUUCUCCACGUUAGUUUGUUUUUUACCUAAAAUUUUAACCUAAAUUUCAAAUCACCACAGUUCACCUUUUGGUGAACAGCCGUGUGUUUUUUACAAUCGUGAAUAUGAAGAACAUAAAAGAAGAUCAGGAAUAUAAAGAAAAUAUAGUAUGAACAUAAAAUACUAUAAAUAUAUGAUGUAACUGCUAACAUUACCAAAUGAGGUAGUCUGUUAUCUUUAAAACAAGAUUAUCUCUUCCCAAAAGAUAUUUGCGUCACCACCGGAUUUAUUCGGUAAUCUCUGUAAUGCAACAAAUUGAAAACCGAUUGGCAAAAUAGAGGCUAAAAAAGGUGAUUUGGAAAAUUAUCCUGAUACCAAAGAUGUUUCCUACACUUUCGAUUGUCAUUCGCUACGUUUUGACAUUCGGAUUGUCAGAGUUUAGUGCAAAACAUUGGAAAUAGAAUUUUGUGGAUUUUAUUGACUAAAAUUGAAUCUGUGUUUACUACCUAGUUUUCCAUAGUUAUUGAAUGUUACUAUUAUCAGUUAAUUAGCUCUCUUCAUUUACUCACUACACAGUUUUAGUUUUCAUUAUCAAAAAAUAAAUGUUUCUUUUUUUUGGUUCCUAGGUGACAAACAAAAUUUUCAAACCCGUCUUGAUUUAAAGACAGCUGUACAGUAAGAUGGCUGUAGAAGAAAAUAAAGAACGAGCCUGGGUUGGUGUCAUACGCCGGAUAAUAACUCUAUCGUUUGCCUUUUUGGUGUUAGCUGGGGUGACUUGGGCUUUUGCAGACAGCAUUCCCUUGGCAACAGAUGAGUACCGUAUCUUGGCUUUUGGGAUCUAUGGAGCUUUUCUUGCUUUCCACCUCAUUAUCCAGAGCUUAUUUGCAUUCCUGGAACACAGGAAGAUGCGGAGAGGUGGUCAAGCAUGCUCUUAUAGCAGGACUGUGGCCUUGACAAUCUCAGCUUAUCAAGAGGAUCCAAACUACCUACGAGAAUGUCUGGAGUCUGUCAAGAAUACUGAGUAUCCUCCCGAUAAGUUAAAAAUUAUCAUGGUUAUAGAUGGUAACAAAGAAGAGGACCAGUAUAUGAUGGACAUGUUCAAGGAGGUGUUUGGAAAUGAGGAUGUAGGAACAUAUAACUGGAAAUACAACUAUCAUUCUUGGGACAUGGCUCAAGGAGCACAAAGUUUCAUUGCUGAGGAUAAUCCAGAAGGGGUUUUAGACAGUGUGUGGACAAUCCAAGGGGCAACUUCUGAAAAGCGCUCUGGAGCAAUGUAUGAUAAUUCUAAUGAACAAAUAUAUGAGGACAUUAAGGAGGCAGAUUUGCCCGUGUACACUGAUAUUGUUAGUGAAGAUCCAGGUAGAUAUGAAGUCGAACAGAUGAUUAAAACCAAGCGGUGUGUGUGCAUUAUGCAAAAAUGGGGAGGAAAGAGAGAAGUUAUGUACACAGCUUUUAAGGCUCUUGGAGACACGGUGGAUUAUGUCCAGGUAAGAGUCUUUCUAAACAAAUAAACACAGUUAUGACAUGGACAAAAAUGUGUUUCAGUAUAAUUUAGAAUAUCUAAAUUGGGAGUUGGGAUUUUUACAUUUUCUUGAUGAUAAACUACAUGAUUUCUUGUCACAGGUUUGUGACUCAGACACCAAGCUUGAUCCACUUGCCACUCUCGAACUAGUAAAGGUUUUGGAAUCGAAUGAUCGGUAUGGUGCAGUAGGAGGAGAUGUGCGAAUUUUGAACCUCCAAGAUUCCUAUAUCAGUUUCAUGAGUAGCUUGAGAUACUGGAUUGCCUUCAACGUGGAACGAGCCUGCCAAUCCUACUUCGAUUGUGUUUCCUGUAUAAGUGGACCUCUUGGUAUGACAUAUUUUUAAUUUUAAAGCAUAGCAACUAACUUAAAAUGUAUUUAUCAUGAGCUAUUUUAUUCUUUAAAACAAAUUUAAAUUUUAUAUUUUUAGUGCAUGUUUGUAUUUUAAAAUAAUUAGAAUGUUAUAAAAUGUUAUUAUUAUUAUAAAUUAUAAUUUUAAGUACAUUCACUAAAUACUAUAAUACAUAAAAUACUUACAAUGUAUCCUUUCUUUGCGCAUGCUUCCAACUCUGGAUGUACCAAUUGAUGUAAGCGUGGUUGACUUGCAUUUAGACCUUCAGGAACUGUAAUAGAGGGUCAAGAUAUAAGAUAUACUGAAAGAUGAAAAUUGUUCUAAUUCUCUAAACUUUGGAGAGGUCCAACAAUUAGUAGAUCUACUGAGCAGGGUAUUUUAUUUACACUGGUAGACACUGAACUCUGGCAACCACUGAUACAUUUGGAGAUAUUUAGAGGAAAGAUAUUUAGCUAAGCAUUAGAUAACUUACAGCUACCUUUAAAUCUAGCUCAGCUGCCCAGUCAUUUACUAAAGAGAAAGUGAGGCUUUAAUGAACAGACAAGACCAAGGAGACACUGGUUGAUCAACCUGUUCCAUUGAAUAUCAUUCAACUAGAGUACUUUUCAAUUUCAAACACAAACCUUCAGCUGGGUUUCUGUACUUUUCUUCCAUCCUGUCAUCCACCAUUACUUUCUUACUACCUUUUAAAGAUCUAGAAGGCCCACAGUGAGUGGCAAGCUUGUGUCUGAAGGGACACAUUACACUGAUAAAGAUGAAUAAUGAUAUGACGUCUUAGGAAGUUAAAGAAAUACUAUGGGGUCAGAAACGCAAAUAUGUAUUCCUGACCCUACAGUGUUAAAAUACUAUCAAGUUCCCCUAUCCCCCAUUUUCCUGCUAAAUGUAGUAAACUCGUAUCUUUAUUCCAGUAUGCUGGUAUUGGCUCUGCCCCUGAUAUCACUCCUUGGCUGACAUCAUCAGAAGUGAAGAUCACAGCCAAUCACAAUGCUUUCCUAUAGGAAAACAUUGGAUUGGCUGAGAUUGUCAGUUCUGAUUAUCUCAGCCAAGAAGGCGGGCUGGGGGGUGGGAGCCAAACACAGCCCUGGCCAAUCAGUAUCUCCUUAUAUAGAUACAUUAAAUCAAUUUAUUUCUAUGCAGAAAGUUCAAUGUCUCCAUGCAGAGGGUUGAGACACUGAAUGUCAGUGCUGCACUCUGUGGAGUGGCUCUGAGGAGUGGCCACUGGAGGUGUCCCUAGGCUAAUGUAAACACUGCCUUUUCUCUGAAAAGACUGUGUUUACUGCAAAAAGCCUUCAGGGACUGACUAUACUCACCAAAACAAAUACAAUAAGUUGUAGUUGUUCUGGUUACUAUAGUGUGUCUUUAAAUAAAUAUUACAAUAUAGGUGUAUGAGUUGAGUUAUCUGAUUGUUGCUAAGACAUGAAAUUGGUAUAUGUUAUGUGGAAUUAAUCAAUUGUUUUUUUAGGUCUAUAUCGGAAUGACCUUCUCCAGACCUUUCUUGAAUCGUGGUACAAUCAAAAGUUUCUUGGAACGCACUGUACUUUUGGAGAUGAUCGUCAUCUUACCAAUCGAAUGCUCAGCAUUGGUUAUGCAACCAAGUAUGUAUAAUGAGACAAUCUCUCUACCUCUCAUCUCAAAACUCUUUGUGAUAUUUAUAAAAUAUGCUGUUCUUCACUUUACAAAAGCAGCUCCACCACCCCAUUUUGAACAGGCUUGCAUGGUAUCAAAUAUUAAAUGUAAAUUCAUCCCGAUAAUGUCAAGGAGGGUAGUGGGCUGUCAAUUUUAUACAUAAUUUUGGUUUAAGUUAUACAUAUUUUAGAAAUUCGGGUAGCUUAAUUUUAAGGCUGGGCUCUUUGCUCAUUCCAGUUAUUACAGGUGUCUUCUUUACUGGUCCUCCCUUGGCCUGUUAUCUGUUCAAUCACUAAAAUAGUUGUAGAACACAGAAUCUGUAGAAGCAGAAGAUUUCUGUCCCUGUAUCAAUUGAUAUGGUUUUAGUGAUGUCACGUACCAGCCCCUCAUCUUGUUUGAAACUUUGUUGUGUACCACCUCACAUUCCUAUGCCCAUCAUUUAUAGUUCCCUUACCCAUCAUUUAAAUUUAAGCAGCUAAUCAAAAUAGAGCAUUGAUUUCCGUGUCCCUAUCUGCAGGGCAUGUAGGGGUAGACAAUCUCCAUAACGUUUACAUAAAUAUUGAUACUUUUUUCAGUAUGUAGUUUGAUAUAAAAUGCAUUUAUAAUAAGAUAUUACCAAACCUGUUAUCAGACUAGAUUCCCAUAUGCAAAAUAAACACUAAAACAAUUUAAUUAAUUAAGAUGUAGCUAUCCAAUCUUUGAAAUAAUGCCAAUGAGAGAAAACAUGCUACUCGCAUUUGAUAAAUGGAAUGUUUGUAUUACAUUACUAAAAUGUGUCAGUGAAAUGCAACAAAUAUAUAACUGAGAUCUUAUCCUUUUAGAUACACUGCACGGUCAAAAUGCUACUCAGAGACACCUGCUCAGUUCUUGCGAUGGCUGAAUCAACAGACACGUUGGACCAAGUCUUAUUUCCGAGAGUGGCUCUACAAUGCCCUUUGGUGGCACAAGCACCACCUCUGGAUGACCUACGAGUCUAUAAUUGCUGGUAUUUUCCCAUUUUUUGUCACAAUCACAGUGAUAAAGCUUUUCUUCAGCUGCCAUUUGUGGGACAUCAUAUGGGUCCUUAUCACAAUUCAGCUUAUUGCCACCAUCAAAGCCUUGUAUGCUUGUUUCCUCCGAGGCAACAUGGUCAUGAUAUUCAUGUCACUAUAUGCUGUCCUGUACAUGGUGGGUCUUCUACCUACAAAAUACUUUGCCAUUAUCACCAUGAAUAAGAGCAGUUGGGGGACUUCGGGGCGUAAGAAGGUAGUAGGGAACUACAUGCCCCUUCUUCCAUUGUCCAUAUGGGGGUCCAUUCUGUUAGCAGGUAUCAUAUACACUCUUGUAAUGACAUUCACAAAGGCUGGUUGUGCCAUUCUUGACGUUGAGCUAAACUAUCUAAUUUAUGGUUCCACUGCCUACGUAAGUUAUUGGUUGUUUAUGAUAUGUCUCUACUGGUUAUGGAUUAGGCGACUCUGUAGGAAGAGAUCUGAUUAUUAUGAUAUACAAGGCUAAAGAAGACGCUGUUUAGGGGCGAAACUGAUCAAAAAGACACAGAUAGCUUUUGGAGGCAACAGAAAAAUCAGGUUUGAUGUCCACGUCACCUUGGUUUCCCAUCAUGUUAAUCAAAAGCAAAUAUCAAAAGAUAUGUCAGUAAUGAAGUAUUACUGGAUAUUUAUAUCACAAACUGUGAAAGUCCAAAAUAUAUAGAUAACUCUAGCUUUUAUUUCAAUCCCAUGAAAAGGCCAAAUCUAUUUGGCUCUAGCCAGACUGACUGUGCAUCCUUGUUAUAAGGGAUGGAGGACUGAGUGUUAAAAUUGGGAAAGCGUAAUUUGCUUAAUUAUGUACUCACUUCUAAAUGUAUUCUCAUAGAAUACAUUCCUAACGGAAUGUUAACACUCAUGCAGAAAGCCUAGUGGCGGUAAUGCCAUUUUCGGGAGACACAGGAUAUAGAUCACAAAGGGCUUACCCGAUUUCUGGAAAAAUAGUACUGUUAUCUUUAGAUAACUCUUUGCACUAAAACAAAAGAUAACAUAAAUUCUGAUUUAUAGAAAUGCAGAGAUAAAGUGCGCAAUAUUAGCGUUAUUUAUUUAUGUUUUGUGGAAAUGCCAGAUGAAGGUUUAUAAUGUAUGUUUUACAAAAUGUUUAUAUGUAUUUUAUUACAGAUGUGUUUGCGGAUGUCAAUAAAUAUGGUAUUUUUUGUUAA